AUGCAAUACAAAUUGGUUAUCUCUACGUCAAGAUUUCAAUCUCAGGUUGCUGAUUUGUUACCAUGUAACAAAUAUAAAAAAUCCCAACUAACGUAUUCAUUAUUGGUCAGUUAUGGAUUAUUAGACGGAUUUGAUGUUAUAAUUGAUGAUCCUUGUUGCAAUAAGAAGGAUUUGUUGCAAUUUCAUUCAAGGGACUACAUUGAUCUUUUACUAGAUCCUGUUUACAAUCGGAUCAUACAAUAUGACGAUGAUGAAAGUAAAUGGUCUCAAUUACAUCCAUAUAUUAGAGAUUGGUUAGACUCCCAUCCUGAAGAAGUACCUACAAGUGGCAUGAUCGAGAAACGAGCUGGGUUACUUGAAUUUUAUAAGAAAUAUAAUCGUUUCAAGAAGAAGCGUUCCAUUUCAGAGGCAUUCUCUGAAUCUGAAUCUGAAUCUGAAUCUGGGUCUGGGUCUGGGUCUGAGGCUAAUGAAUAUUUUCAAAUCAACAAUAGUAGAGAAAGGCAACAAGAUGUAUACAAAAAGUUUAAUUUGGAGGGCGACUGUCCAUUGUUUUCAUUUCUUCCUUUAUAUUGUGAGGUUAUUAGUGGCGCGUCACUGAUGCUUUCUGACUUUAUUGAGAAAUCAUCAAGUCAACGUACUAUUGCAAUAAAUUGGGAUGGAGGUAGACACCAUGCUAUUAAGAAUAAAGCAAGUGGAUUUUGCUAUAUCAAUGACAUUGUAAUAUUAAUACAAAAAUUAAGAAAGAAAGGUAUCUCCAAGGUAUCUUAUAUUGAUUUCGAUUUACAUCAUGGAGAUGGAGUGGAGAAAGCGUUUAGAUAUUCUUCCAAUAUUCAAACGAUAUCUAUGCAUAUGUAUGAACCGGGGUUUUUCCCCUGUACUGGAUCUCUCGAAGAUACAUUAAACGGGAAAAAUAUUGUAAAUGUGCCAUUAUACCAUGGGGUUGAUGAUAACUACAUGACCGAAAUAGUUAAUGAAUUGAUUAAGCCAUUAAUUGAAAGACAUUCUCCAGAAGUGUUGGUAAUACAAUGUGGCGGCGAUGGAUUAAUCGGAGACAAAUUUGAAGAAUGGCAAUUGACGAUUAGCGGAUUAACGAGAAAUAUACAAAAUUUAAUCGAAUGGUUUCCUAAAAGUGAUAUUAUUCUAUUAGGAGGAGGUGGAUAUAAUGAAUUGGUAAUGAGUAGAUUCUACACAUAUUUGACGUAUCAAAUUGUAAAAAAAUAUGGAUCCAAACCGAUUAUUGAUCUUUGUAUUCCACGAAGAACAAUUACUAAUGCAUCUGAUAAAGAGGAAUUCAAUAGUGAUAGAGAAGAUGAAGAUGAAGAUGGAGAUGGAGAUGGAGAUGUGUUGCUUCCCGAACACGAAUUCAUUGAAUUGUAUUCUAAAGAAUUUUACAAAUUCUGGGUCUAUGAAUUAGAGAGUAGCAACAAAAGGAAGACACUAAAGAAUUAUAACGAUGCCAGAUAUCUUGAUAAACUGUUGAAGUUUUAUGGAAUGUCUAAGCCUAAAACAGAUAACUGUUCGAGUGAAAUUAAUUUCAGAGGGAAAAGAGAAGAGUAG